AUGAAAUCUCACCUCCUUCCAUCAGCCCAAGGUCGACAGACAAUGACCCCCUCAACCUUUCAUAAAUUCCCAGAACUACCGCCCGAAAUCCAGCUGCAGAUAUGGGAAUCCUCAUUUCGCUCACCCAAAGCUGUUCCCGGGGGUCUGCACUACAUCGGUCUUGACCAUGACGGAUCUCCGGUUCCGCUGGAUAAAACCACCAAAGUCGAAUUCCAGAGAGCAAGGUCAGGUUACGAACUGGAACAAGGUCUCCGGACGGCGUGCUGGGACUCCCGAGCAGCGGCAAUGAAGCAUGAGCGGCAGCAAGAUGUCGAAUAUGGCUAUCCUGAUGUCCUUAGCCCUGUCCUUUUGAAGUUCGCCUUGGCGGGCCGCAGAUCGUACGCAAGGAGAGAGCUUGUAUCAAUAAAGCCUCCUGUGUAUGGAGGACAAGGGAACAGUGAAUCGCUGGACCUGAAAAUGUUCGUCUGUCCCUCGCGAGAUAUUUUCUGUGUCGCAUUAAACAGAGCAGGGCGAGCUGCGUCUUAUGGGAACUACUACCCACUCCGAGAAUUCCAAAGACUCGCCUUCGAAUUCAAGCCUUCUUGGAACAGCCAGCUAUCACUGCAUGACAACUACUACCCUAUAAAGAAGUUCCUGCCUUCGCUGGCCUUUAUCCUCAGGCUGGUGUUCGAGGCAGCACAUACCAGGCAUCCCACCAGGUCAACUAUCAGGCUCAUCGACAGGAAUGCUCGAUGGAUAAACGACGACACUACACAAAUUGGUCUUGACACAUUCUAUGACUGUGAUUACGAAUAUGUCGAGAUUCCCAUGAAAUCUGGCUCGUCUUCUGCACGGAUCGUUUGUCAUAGCCCUGUUCUCGAAUUCCUCGGUCAUCUGGACAGACUAUUGGAGGACAAGCUCCAGAAUCUAGGCGUCUUCAGACUUUGGAGAGACCCGAGAUUCGUCAUAAGGGACUACUUUUCUAUCAUUGCUUUACAGCAAAAUCAAGCGGGAUCCGCAAAGGAGUGA